AGCGAAGCGCGCUCGUCAACGCCGCGUGCACGAGCAGAAGCGCCCUCCGCAGUCAGAGGGACCAGGAAGUGGAAGUAUACACAUGGAGGGUGUGUCAGUCCUUGUCUCGGUAUGUUUUAUGUUAAAUAACGUAGUCCUACUUGGAUAAAUUCAUGGGCGACUCGGCGAGGACCAAGCGGCGGGAGCAGCUGAAGCGCUGGGCCGGUUCCUGCACCGACAAAGCGUCGGCCUCGCCCAGGCGGAGAUGGCGAGGCGAUGCCGAGGAAAGAGGAACCGAGGAGCGGGAGGCCGAAAACCAAGACCCGCCGAGGGAGCAGCCUCGUUUCAGGGAAGAUGAAAGCAGUCCGCUUCUCAAGAGACGGAAAAGGGUGAGGUUCGACAGGGCUGCGGAGUUCCUGGCUGCAUGUGCGAGUGGGGAUACGGAGGAGGCCCGAGUGAUGCUAAAGGAGGCCAAAGACAUGACAAGCAGGAAUGAGGAAGAUGCGCUGGAAAUUAUUAACUGCUCUAAUGCAGACGGAAUAACUGCAUUGCAUCAAGCCUGCAUAGAUAUGAGCAUGGAGAUGGUGUCCUUCCUUUUGGAGUACGGUGCCAACGUGAACCAAGUUGACAGCGAGGGGUGGACACCACUGCAUGUUGCUGCCUCGUGCGGCUACCGGGACAUCGCAGAUUUCCUAUUGCGGAACAGUGCUUCUCUCUCUGCUGUCAACUGUGAUGGCGAUGUUCCUGUGGACAUUGCUCUGGAUGAAACCACAGAGGCGCUUCUCCAGGAAUACACUUUAAGACAAGGUGUGGACUUGGAGGCAGUAAAACGGUUAGAGGAGGAACAGAUCACAUCAGAUGCUCGGACUUGGCUGAUUGAGGGACCACCUACUGACGUAAGACAUCCCAGGACUGGAGCCACUCCUCUACAUGUAGCUGCAGCGAAAGGCUACUUGGAAGCUCUCAAGUUACUGUGCCAGUGUGGACUGGAUGUUUCUGCUAUGGACUUUGAUGGGUGGACUCCUCUUCAUGCCGCUGCACACUGGGGUCAGGGGGAAGCCUGUCACAUUCUAACCGAACAGAUGUGCAAUAUGGAGGCCCGCAGCAACACGGGCCAGACUCCAUUGGAUGUUGCAGAUGAAAGUGUGGAGGAGCUUCUGGAGGAUUUAGCUCAAAAACAGGCAAAUUGGCGCAACGAGCAGUCCAUACGAGACAGACAAAACCAACAAGGUGCUACCACUGCGAGCACACAAAAUAAACGAAGGAGGAGCUCAGUGUGUCGGAUGAGCAGUAGAGAGAAGAUGAACCUGCAGGACCAGUCCAAAGAGAGGGGCAUCUCAGGAGGCCUGGAGCUGAGCGAGGACAAGGAGAGCAGCCCCGAGAGCUCCACAGUAUCCAGUCCAGACACGGAAAGUGGAACCACAUCUGCUGCUAGUCCAGCUGAAAAGACUUCAGAGGAGAAAGAGGAUGAGGAACAGGACAAGGUGAUCCGCACUGCUCGAGUGCAGCCCACCCCUCAUACAAGGGAUGUUACAUAUGAGAGUUCCAACACACCCACAGCAGAGCGACGCAAAUUUCAGGCUCCAGUCAGAGACGAGGAGUCAGAAUCUCAGAGGAAAGCUCGCUCCCGACUUUUGCGCCAGUCUCGCCGCUCUACUCAGGGUGUAACCUUAACAGACCUGAAAGAAGCAGAGAGGACAGUGUCUAAAACUGCAGAUCCUUUGCCUCGUAACAUUCAUCCUGUCAGCCCCAUCAUUACGCUCACGCCUGCUGAGAAGGAUACAGAGCCAGAGGGAGACAAGCGUCUUGUAGUCAAGGACCGGAGGCGUGCGAGGAAGGAGAGGCGCUCUACUGGCGUCAUUCAGCCGGGUGGAGAGAAUGAAGAAGACAACGCUCAUUUUGAUGAUCACAACAGCAACUCUGAACUCAAUUCCAGUGGAUUAGGAGACGGUGAUUACAGGAUGCUUUACUUUCAAGUCCUGCAGCAGAACUUGGCACUGAAGGACAAACUGCAGGAGAUGGAACUGCUGCUCAGUCAAAAUAAAGUGGAGAUGGAGAAACUCCGACAGAAUAAUGAGAGCAGCACAGAAAGACCUGCCUUGUUGGAGCUGGAGAGAUUUGAGAAGUUGGCCCUCCACAGGAAAGCAGUAGAACUGGAAGACGAGCUGAAGGUUCUGGGAGACCUGAAAGCAGACAACCAGAGGCUGAAGGAUGAGAACGCUGCCCUCAUUCGAGUCAUCAGCAAACUGUCCCGAUGAACACUAAAAAAAGGGCAUAAAAGGGUAACAAUUGAACAGACUUUCAGGACUGUUGCAGAUUUACUGUAAGCUAAAAUGCACCUUUUUGUGGACUCCUCAAUUCCACUUUUAUAUUCACUUUUAUUCUUAUUUUUUUAAACUGGAAUAUUUUAAGGCAUUCUCGUUCCUUGUUUUGUAUAAAAUGUGUGCUAUGAAACUAAAAGCCAUGCAAAGUUUGGAUGUCAGAAAGGGUGAAGAAAUAAAAAAAAAAGUGCAGUUUGUGACCAGCAAAAGAAGAAA